UUGAAACGUUACUCUUCUCCAAAGAAUUUCAGAGAAGCUUCAAUCGAUCUCACUGUAAAAUUCACGGUGUCCAACAAUGUUGGACCCCCUACAACGGCGAGGGGGAUUUUAAGGAGGUUGUUGUUCAAGAGCGGAUGUAGGCAGCUGAGCCGUAAACGUGUGGCGCCAAUCCCUCGAGCUGAAUAUGAAGAACAGGCUUGUGAAUACUGGUAUGAGGCAGCAGUGUCUUCUGUAUCAGAUAGAAGACAGGAUCACGUGAUGGUACGGCUCACUCAAAAGCUUUGCUACUUUCUUGCGGGAGGCUUCCAUGACCAAAUUCUUGCUGAACUCCCUGGAAUAAAGACGAUUUUUGCGGAAGUCAGAUCCCGGAUUGAAUCUCGUCCAGAUUAA